AUGGACUCGGAAUCGUGUCUCAAGCGCAGAUUCGCAAAGAAUUUCAACAACAGGUUCUUCUUUUUCGGAGACUCGACCAUUCGGAUAAAGGCUUUGACCUUGGCAAAGUUCUUCAAUCUCACACGGGAUUGCAAGGAUAAUUGCGAAGAUCUUAGACUGGUGUUGAAUAUACACUGGGAAGAUGCAGACUCAAACACAACCAUCGACUACCUUCUGAAUCCCUUCUUCAACCCCUACACAGAGCUUCCCGAAGGUGCACCAACUGUCCUGUUUGGAGGUGCAGCGUGGUUUUCCCGUCCACCAGAGCAUUUGACAUUCAUUCAAGGCCAUUACUUUGACCUGUUACAUCUUCCAAUACCAGUAAAACUUGAAAUACACAAAGCGAGACUUGACCGACUACUGAACCACCUCAUCACAUUCUGGAAAAUAGAGACCAUCAUCUGGAUUCUUCCGGAAACGAUGCUCGGCAAUUUGACACAGUAUAACGAGCAUAUUGACACUUACAUUCAGCAAAGUCUUGAGGUGAUUUCAAAGUACCGGGACACGGUGAUUGUUUGGUCCAGUUGGAGGAUGUUCUUUGAUCAGUUGAAGAACGCAGAAGGACUCGGAAGUAUAAUGAGUGAUGAUGUUCACGUGAAGGACCAAUACGAGUUCCCCGGGAUGCAGCCAUUGCUGAAUUUCCUGUGCAACCCAGUUGAUGAAAAUCUUGAUUCGGAUUACUGCUGUCACAAACCUGAUGUUUUCCUGAAAGAAAAGAAGAAAAAUCUUUGA